AUGUUUGAGACAAAAAUGGAGGUGGAAUAUCAUGAGGUUCAAUAUGAUGAUAUAAAGGCACAUGAAUCAGGGACCGACAGUGAAAUAAUGGCGAAAAUAGUCCUCCCAAAAGCAGAAAAAGCCAACAUUAUACAACCCCAUGUGAAACCAUCUGUCAAAAUAGAGGAAUUUAAAAACUUAAAAGCAUGGACAAAAAAAUCAGCAUGUCCUUACUGUAUGCAAGACGUCACACACUUUCCACGACACUUGCAGCGCAAGCAUAAUGAAGAAGGUGCCGUUAAAGAGCUAUUUGCCAUGCCCCUCAAAGACCCAAAGCGAAAAUGUAUGUUAAAUGCCAUACGUCGGGAAGGAAAUUUUGCGACCACUUCAAAUACAAAUUUCAUCCGUCCGAUUAGAAGGCCCAAGUCUGUUUCCUGCAGUGGACCUGCAGAAAACUUAAAAAAUUUGAAGGAAGAAUACGUGGCGUGUAAAGAUUGUCUGGGUUACUUCAAAAGAAAUUAUUUAAGGCUCCAUCGCAGGAAAUGUGCAUUAAGGUCCAGUUUAGAGUUAUCAGAACGAGAACAACAUCUCUCAACAGCUCAGCUGUUUGCAAUAUGCUCUGGAGUACACCACCAAUUCUAUGCGACCCUACGAUUGAAAAAUGAAGUAUUUCCCAUAAUGCGGAACGAUGCAAUUUCCAGUCAGGCAAUGUACGAUAAACUGGUUUGUUGUUAUGCGGAAAAUUUAUUAAAGCACAAAGGAACACAAAUUAAAAAUGUCAUAUCCAACAAGAUGAGGGAAUUGGGGCGUUUAUUGCUGUGCUUAAAAAAUUUGACUGGGCUUCAAAAACUAUUUGAUCUUUUGAAGCCACAAUUUUUUGAUAGUUUUGUUGCUGCCACAAAAGUUAUUAGUGGCUACGAUCCAGAAACGGGUUCUUUCAAGACAUCCAGUUUACCUCUGCACAUGGGAACUUCUCUUAAGCAAGUUUGUGAUGUAGCCGCCGAAAUGGUAAUACAAAAAAGCCCUUUUUUUCCUUGCGCAAAACCUGAUGAAACUCUAAAGGAAAUUAAAGUGUUAAAAAAAUUAAUAGAGACCAGUUGGCAUUGUAAAAUUACCAGCCUGGUAUCAAAAAAUCCUAAUGGCAGGAAAUAUCAGAAAACAAAACUACCCCUCACAGACUCAGAAAGUCCAGAUGACCAUGGAAUGGAAGAACUAAAAGACUCAUCAAUAAGCCAAAAUCUUAUUUCCAUUAAUGAUUAUUUGGAGGGUGAUGUUAAGAAGAAAAACAUAACAAGAGUAAGAUGGGAAGAUAAACAAAAAAAACUUAUUAAAAGUCAUUUUGAGAACCAUAUUAAAAAUAAAAAAGCACCAAACAAAAAAGAAGCAGUAGAAUUUAUAGAAAAAUUUAAUGACAUAUUUCAAGAUAGAAACUGGGUGACUGUAAAAGCUUUUGUUUAUAAUUGUUACAAAUAA